AUGAGUAGGGAUAGUUACGAGACAUUGGAUAGAACCUUGAGAGAUAUAUUAAAAUGUGACAAGCCUUUUGGUGGUAACGUUAUCGUUUUUGGUGGAGAUUUCAGGCAAAUUUUGCCUGUUAUUCCAAACGCAGGCAAAACAGAGAUUCUUAUGGCUACUUUAAAUUCAUCUCCCCUUUGGUUUGGAUGUAAAGUGUUGAGGCUUACACGUAACAUGCGACUAAUCCCUGGAGACAACAGUCGUGAGAUGUGUGAGCUAGCAUCUUUUACAAGGUGGAUUAUUGAUAUUGGAGAAGAAAAAAUAAAUCCGAGUGAUAACAGGGAAAGCGAGAUCGAUAUUCCGAGUGAAGUAUUGAUUAAUGAUUGUGAGAAUCCGAUUAAAGCUAUUGUUGAUGAAGUUUAUGGACAGGAUUUUCACACCAAGACUGAUCCUAAGUUCUUUCAGGAUAGGGCUAUUUUGAGUCCAAGGAAUGAUGAUGUUGGGCUUAUAAAUGAUUACAUGUUAUCACAAUUAAAAGGUGAGGAACGAACCUAUCUAAGUUGUGAUAGUAUUGAUCCCUCUGAUAGAGAAAUUGAUACGGAUGAUGCAUCUGAAAUUCCCUCUCAGAGUGUUCGCUCAGACCGCAAAAACGAUCCGGGUAAUAUGAUAUAUACAGAAGAGUUUCUAAACAGUGUCAAAAUUUCUGGUUUACCCAACCAUUGUUUGCGUUUAAGAGCCGGUACUCCUGUUAUGUUGCUGAGGAAUAUUAAUCCUAGGAAUGGUUUGUGUAAUGAAACUAGGUUACUUAUUACUCAGAUGGCCAAUUAUGUCCUAAAGGCUAUAAUAAUAACUGGUGACAAAAUAGGAGAGAAAGUUCUUAUUCCUAGGAUAUUUUUAUCUCCGACAGAGACUAAAUUUCCUUUCAGAAUGAGGCGCAAACAGUUUCCAAUUACCCUUGCUUUUGCGAUGACGAUAAACAAGAGUCAGGGUCAGACACUUGCUAAAGUUGGAUUGUAUCUGCCUAAACCAGUCUUUACACAUGGUCAACUGUAUGUUGCUGUUUCGCGGGUAACAUCCAAAUCAGGACUAAAAAUCUUAAUCACGGACAAAGACAAAAAGCCUCAAACGAAGACAUUAAAUGUUGUAUACAAGGAUGUCUUUGAUAAUAUUUAG